AUGUUGCGUUGCGUUCUCCAGCGAGCCAACAACCUGAGGCACUCGGACCCCCUGGCCGGGGUCACGUUCAGAGGGUGUAAGAAGAAGACGAAGGUCAUCAAGAACAACUCCAACCCCGUUUGGAACGAGGGUUUCGAAUGGGACCUGAAGGGGAUCCCUCUGGACUCCGGGGCGCAGCUGCACUGCGUGGUCAAAGACCACGAGAAGAUGGGGAGGAACAGGUUCCUGGGGGAAACCAGGUUGGCUCUCAGAGACGUUCUCAACUCUCCCAACCUGGCCGCCACCUUCACCGUGUCCCUGCUGGACACCAAGAGGAACAUCACAGGGGCCACGCUGACCCUGCAGGUUUCCUACAUCCCUCCUCCAGGAUCGGCUGCAGUGUUUCAGCCUCCUCCCCAUCCCGAAGCUCCAUCCCACAACAACAACAACCCCAACGUGGAGCUGGACACCGUCACAAUGAUUUCUAUGGACACGUUGGACGAGGAGGAUACGGAGAGCAUGAUCAUGCUGGAGCCGACAGAGGACCAGGGGCCCGACGACGGGCGCUCCGUGGUCACCACGGGCCCCCAGGGGCCCUCGGGCCACGAGUCCCCCACGGCCCAGACCCCGAAGCGCUCGCCGCCGUCCUACAACGUCCACGGAGGGCUGAGGAAGAGGAGGAGGGGAGCCAGCAGUCAGCCAAGGCCGCUGCCCAACAAACCUCAGGACUUACAGGUUCGCGUGCGGGUCAUCGAGGGCCGACAGUUGCCGGGCAUCAACAUCCAGCCUGUCGUCAAGGUAACGGUCGCCGGGCAGAGCAAGAGGACCCGCAUCAGGAAGGGCAACAGCCCCUUCUUUGACGAGACGUUCUCCCUGAACUUCUUCGAGACGCCAUCGGACUUGUUCGACGAACCCAUCUUCAUCACCGUGUGUGACUCCCGCUCGCUCAGAAACGAUGCUGUGAUCGGUGAAUUCAAGUUGGAUGUGGGCACCGUCUACAACGAGCACCGACACUGCUUCUUGAGGAAAUGGCUGCUGCUGUGUGACCCCGACGACCUCUCUGCCGGGGUCAAAGGUUACCUGAAGGUCAGCCUGUUGGUGUUGGCGGCUGGAGAUGAGCCGCCGGCCGACAAACGCGAGUGUGUGGAAGACAAAGAAGACAUCGAAGGAAACCUUCUGAGACCGGCUGGUCUGUCUCUGAGAGGAGCCACGUUCACCCUGAGGAUCUUCAGAGCCGAAGACCUGCCGCAGAUGGACGACGCCUUCGUGGACGGCAUGAGGCAGAUCUUCGGGUUCGACAGCAACAGGAAGAACCUGGUGGAUCCUCUGGUGGAGAUCCACUUUGCCGGCAAAACCGUGUGCACUAAGAUCCUGGAGAAGAACGCCAACCCACAGUGGAACCAGAGCCUGGCGAUGCCGAUCAGGUUCCCCUCCAUGUGUGAGAAGAUGAGGAUCAGAAUUCUGGACUGGGACAGAGCCAGUCACAAUGACGUCAUCGGCACCACCCACCUCUGCAUGUCCAAGAUCUCCGCCCCCGGUGGACAGAUAGACGUUGACGACAGUCUCGGCUUCCUGCCGACCUUCGGCCCCUGCUUUGUCAACCUGUACGGCAGCGCCCGCGAGUUCACCGCCUUCCACGACCCACACGAAGCCCUCAACCUCGGAAAAGGAGAGGGCGUGGCCUACCGAGGUCGAGUUUUACUGGAGCUCACCACGAAGCUGGCGGACAAGCCGGAGCAGAAAUCUGAAGACAUCCCAUCAGACGACCUGCUGGUGGUGGAGAAGUUCCUCAGGAAGAGGAAGUUCUCUCUCUUCGUGGCGUUCUACUCGGCGACGCUGCUCCAGGACGUCGACGACGCCGUCCAGUUCGAGGUCAGCAUCGGUAACUACGGCAACAAGUUCGACUACACUUGCCUCCCCCUGGCCUCCGCCACCCAGUUCAGCAGGGCCGUGUUCGACGGCUGCCACUACUACUACCUCCCCUGGGGGAACGUUAAACCGGUGGUGGUUCUGUCCUCCGAGUGGGAAGACAUCAAGCCGAGGAUCGAGGCUCUCAACAUGCUGCUGGCGAUCAUCGAGAGGCUGGAGGCCAACCUGCAGCGGGUGCAGCUGGACGUGAAGGCGGGCGGUGAUCUGGAGGAGGUGGAGCUCCGCGUGGUGGAGCUGCUGGAUCAGGUGAUCACAGACUGCAGUGAAGAGCUGCCCUCCAUCGACCAAUGGCAGUGCGCGACCCCUCUGGACCGCUCGCUGAGGCACGUCCGAGACCUCCACCUGCAGCAGGUCGUGGCGGCGGCGCAGGCCCUGAAGCACGGCCCGGCCACGGAGCUGUCCACGGUGCUGGAGCAGGCCGAGGACUGGGCCGGCCGGCUGAGGGCCGUGGCCGAGGAGCCCCAGAACAGCCUCCCGGACAUCGUCAUAUGGAUGCUGCAGGGCGACCGCCGGGUGGCGUACCACCGCGUCCCGGCGCACACGGUGAUCUUCUCCCAGCAGCACCGUGGGAAACACUGCGGACAGCUGCAGACCGUCUUCCUCAAGAACCCACAGGGCGGCGCUGGAGAGGCCAAGCUUCCCGGUCAGCUGAGGGUCAAAGUGUGGUUUGGAUUGGCCGCUGACGUCAAACACUUCAACCAAUACGCUGAAGGGAAGCUGUCCGUCUUUGCUGAGACGUAUGAGAACCAGACCCGACUGGCCCUGGUGGGCAGCUGGGGAACUGCGGGCCUGACCUCCCCAAAGUUCAGCGACGUCACUGGACGGGUCAAACUGCCCAAAGAGAGCUUCAAACCCUCUCCGGGCUGGACCUGGGCCGGAGACUGGUGCAUCAGCCCCGAAAAGACACUGCUGUUCGACGUGGACGCCGGUCACAUGACCUUCUCAGAGGAAGUGUUUGAAAACCAGAUGAGGUUACCGGGCGGACAGUGGAUCGGCAUGCCGGAGGGCUACACCGACGUGAAUGGGGAGAAGGCGGUGCCGAAGGACGAGGUGGAGUGUCCCCCGGGUUGGGUUUGGGAGGAGGUGGAGUGGAGCGAAGACCUCAACAGGGCUGUGGACGAUCAAGGCUGGGAGUACGGCAUCCCCAUCCCUCCAGACCGCCGGCCCAAGUCGUGGGUGCCGGCGGAGAAGAUGUACCACACCAACCGCAGGCGGCGGUGGAUCCGGAUGAGACGGCGAGACCAGCAGAAGAUGGAGGCGCUCCGAAAACAGCGUCCGGACGAGGCGGAGAGGGAGGGCUGGGAGUACGCCUCGCUGUUCGGCUGGAGGUUCCACCUGAAGCCGAGGAAGACGGACAGCUUCCGGAGGCGCAGGUGGAGGUACCGCAUGGAGCCGCUGGAGAAGACGGGACCGGCCGCCAUCUUUGCUCUGGAGUGUUCUCUGGUGAGGGGCAUAGAAGACAAGAACGAAGACAAGUCCAUCACGACCACGUUCGGAGUCAACAGACCGACCAUUUCCUGUUUCUUUGACCGAGGCACCCGGUACCACCUGCGCUGCUACCUGUACCAAGCCAGAGACCUGCUGGCGAUGGACAAAGACAGCUUCUCAGACCCCUACGCCAUCGUGUCCUUCCUCCACCAGUCCCAGAAAACGGUGACGGUGCGCAACGCCCUGAACCCCACGUGGGACCAGACGCUCAUCUUCUACGAGGUGGAGAUCUUCGGCGACCUGGAGGCCACGAUCGCCGCUCCGCCCAACGUGGUGGUGGAGCUGUACGACCAGGACACAUACGGUGCGGAUGAGUUCAUGGGCCGCUGUGUGUGCCGGCCCUCCCUGACCGCCUCCCCCCACCUGGCCUGGUUCCCGGUUCGCAGAGGGGACCAGAACGCCGGCGAGCUGCUGGCCGCCUUCGAGCUCAUACGCAGAGAAAAGCCAUCUGUUCAUCAUAUUCCAGGUCAAGAGGGCGACAUCAUGACCUCCACCCACGUUCUGGACGAGUUGAUGUUUCCAGGAUUCCUCUCUGAGAACCUACAGCAAUGGCCGGAGGAGUCGGACCUCCCCCACCCGCCCCCUCAGAGAGAACCCAACGUCUUCGUGGUUCCUCAGGGAAUCAAACCGGUUCUGCAGAGAACCGCCAUCGAGGUGUUGGCGUGGGGCGUUCGCAACCUGAAGAGCUUCCAGCUGGCCAGCAUCACCUCCCCGAGCCUGCAGGUGGAGUGCGGCGGCGUCACGCUGCAGAGCUGCGUCAUCCGCAGCGUGAAGAAGAAGCCCAACUUUGACGUCAACACGCUCGUCCUUGAUGUGAGGCUUCCCCGCGAGGAGCUCUACAUGCCGCCGAUCGUCAUCAAAGUCAUCGACAACCGUCAGUUCGGGAGGAAGCCGGUCGUCGGCCAGUGCUCCAUCCGGUCGCUGGAGGAGUACCGGUGCACGCCGGAGGAGGAGGAGGAGGAGCGAGCGGCGGAGGAGGAGGAAGAGGAGGAGGGCUGGAGGCGUGAGACGCCCCACAUGACCAGCGGGGAGGUUUUCAUCGACAUCGAUGACCAGGAGCCGCUCGUAGCCGACCAGGGCGAGGAGGUCAUGGACUGGUGGAGUAAGUUCUACGCCUCGACCGGAGAGAAGAACAAGUACGGGACGUACCUGGAGAGAGGCUUCGACACGCUGCAGGUGUACGGCCGGGAGUUAGAGAAGGUCGAGGGUUUCGAAGGCCUCUCGGAUUUCUGUCAGACGUUCAAGCUGCAAAGAGGAAAGACUCAGGAGGAAGGAGAAGAUCCGUCGGUGGUGGGAGAGUUCAAGGGCAUGUUCAAGAUCUACACACUGCCGGACGACCCCUCCGACCCCGCUCCCCCCAGGCAGUUCAGAAAGCUUCCCCCCAAUGGCAUCGAGGACUGCUUGGUCCGGGUCUACGUCAUCCAGGCUCAAGGGCUGCAGCCCAAAGACGCCAACGGGAAGUGUGACCCCUACGUGAAGAUCGUUUUGGGGAAAAAGACCCUCAACGACCAUGAAAACUACAUCCCCUGUACACUGGACCCCGUCUUUGGAAAGAUGUUCGAGCUCACCUGUUCCCUCCCCCUGGAGAAGGACCUCCGGGUGAUGCUCUACGACCACGACAUGCUGACCAAAGACGAGAAGAUCGGAGAGACGACGAUCGACCUGGAGAACCGCUUCCUGUCCAGAUACGGCGCCAUGUGCGGCCUGCCGCUGUCCUACUGCGUCUCGGGGGUCAACCGGUGGAGGGACCAGAUGACGCCCAGACAGCUGCUGUACCGAGUGUGUGAGAGGCGGAGCCUGAGGAAGCCCGUCUACCACGACGACGUGGUCCACUUCAGAGGAGCCCGGUACACCGCCGCAGACCUGGAUGAUAAAAGCGUAUCCAAACGUCACCUCGGUCCACUGAAGGAGCGGCUGUCCCUCCUCAUCUUGAGGAAGCUGGGCUUGGUCCCCGAGCACGUGGAGACCCGACCCCUCUACAGCCCGCUGCAGCCGGACAUCGAGCAGGGGCGGCUGACGAUGUGGGUGGACCUGUUCCCCAAAUCCCUGGGACCCCCCGGAGCCCCGUUCAACGUCACGCCGCGCAAGGCUAAGAAGUUCUUCCUGCGUUGCGUCGUCUGGAACACCAGCGACGUCCUCCUGGACGACGUCAGCCUCAGCGGGGAGAAGAUGAGCGACAUCUACGUCAAGAGCUGGCUGGACGGUCACGAGCACACCAAGCAGAAGACCGACGUGCACUACCGCUCUCUGGGCGGAGAGGGGAACUUCAACUUCCGCUUCCUGUUCCCCUUCCACUACCUACCUGCCGAGCAGCUGUGCGUCCUCGACAGGAAGGAACAUUUCUGGAGUCUGGAUAAAGCCGAGACCAAACUGGCUCCUAAACUCACCGUCCAGAUCUGGGACAACGACAAGUUCUCCUUCGACGACUACCUGGGUCACCUGGUGAUGGACCUGAACCGCAUGCUGCGCCCGGCCAAGUCCCCGGAGAAGUGUGACCUGCAGCUGCUGGAGCAGCCGGCGGAGCGCCUGGUGUCUCUGUUCCAGCAGAAGACGGUCCGAGGCUGGUGGCCCUGCACCUGUGAGCAGAGCGGAGAGAAGAUCAUCGCGGGGAAGGUGGAGAUGUCUCUGGAGAUCGUGACGGAGCAGGAGCACGAGGAGAGACCGGCCGGGCCCGGUAGAGACGAACCCAACAUGAACCCCCACCUGGAGGAGCCUCAGCGUCCAGAGACCUCCUUCCUGUGGUUCUCCUCCCCCUUUAAGACCCUGAGGUUCAUCCUGUGGAGGCGGUUCAAGUGGUUCAUCAUCCUCUUCAUCAUCCUCUUCUUCCUGUUCCUCUUCCUCAGUGUCUUCCUCUACUCCUUCCCGAACUACGCGGCCAUGAGGAUGGUGGGACCUUUCGGGCCAGCAAAGGCAGCAGAGUGAUGAUGAUGAUGAUGAUGCUGAUGAUGAUGAAGAUGAAGAUGAGGAGGAGAGGAGACGAGCUACAGAACAACGUCCGGUUUCUACAAGCGAACGAUUUAUUUUGAACGGAUUCUGUCAUCUUGUUAAAGUUGUGUGUGUGUGUGUGUGUGUGUGUGUGUGUGUGUGUGUUUGUGUGUGUGUGUGUGUGUGUGUGUGUGUGUCUCCUCUGCGCCCCACGCAGAGAAGAGAGAGGGUAAAAAGACCCCCCCCCCCCCCCCUCAAAAAAAACGACGCCAUGUUUG